UAGGGUACAGCUGUAUCUACAGCGGUGUCCCUGCCCCCUUGCAUCAAAAAAAACCCUUUCAGCUCAAUGAGCCAUCGUCCUUCUCAUUAUCAAAUUAGUGUAGGUAACGUUAGCAAUCUUUAGAUAUGCGGACAGUCAGUAUUGUAGUGUGGACGUAGUUAUCCUUUUCAUCACUGUUCAAGAGCACACUUAACCAUGGCGAACGAGCCUGUGAGUGUGCUGUUCAAGUUGUACUGCCUGACAGUGAUGACACUAGUGGCAGCAGCUUACACCGUGGCACUGCGAUACACCAGGACGGUUUCUUCGGAUCUGUAUUUCUCCACCACAGCCGUGUGCCUCACUGAGGUCAUAAAACUCUUCCUUAGUAUAGGAAUGCUCGCCAGAGAAACGGGAAACUUCAGUAGGUUGAGGAAUACAAUAGUUGAUCAAGUUAUUCGCAGUCCCAAGGAACUUCUUAAACUCAGUGUGCCAUCUGUGGUGUAUGCCAUACAGAACAAUAUGGCCUUCAUUGGUUUAAGCAACCUGGAUGCAGCUGUGUACCAGGUGACCUACCAGCUGAAGAUUCCUUGCACAGCGCUGUGCACGGUCCUGAUGCUGAAUCGGUCUCUGAGCAGGCUCCAGUGGUUCUCCGUCUUCAUGCUGUGUGUGGGAGUGACCCUGGUGCAGUGGACACCAGCUGAGGCCACUAAAGUUCAGGUGGAACAGAACCCAUUUAUAGGGUUUAUGGCCAUUGCAGUGGCUGUUCUGUGCUCAGGAUUUGCAGGUGUGUACUUUGAGAAGGUGCUGAAGAGUUCCGACACGUCCCUGUGGGUGAGGAACUUGCAGAUGUACCUGUCUGGCAUCGCCAUCACCCUUGUUGGAGUCUUCAUGAACGAUGGGCCACAGAUCAUGGAGAAAGGAUUCUUCUUUGGCUACACACCAUGGGUGGUAUUUGUAGUCUUCCUGUCCAGUGUGGGUGGUUUGUACACAUCCAUUGUGGUGAAGUACACAGACAACAUCAUGAAGGGUUUCUCUGCAGCUGCUGCCAUAGUUCUGUCCACAGUGGCCUCUGUUACCCUCUUUGGCCUUCAAAUAACUGCCACCUUUGCCGGCGGUACACUGCUGGUGUGUGUCUCCAUAUAUCUGUAUGGGCUGCCAAAACAAGACACCAGCAAGGUCGACUCAAAUUGUGAAUCCAAGCAGAAACUGAUAACGGUUUGAUUCCCGGGAUAUUUGGGAGAGGGGAGAUCCCAUGUGGAAUUCUGCUGCACUGGUCUCUGGAAAAUGCUCUGAAAUGGAAUCAUGGAUCUCAACAGGACCCCCCCCAAGUGUGGCAUCCCUGCCCUAGCACCUUUAUGGGCUGUAGGGAAGCUACUCAGUCAUCACAGAUGCCGGAAGAAGAUGCCAGAUAUUCAUGGUUGUUGAAUGUUAAAUGUA